UUGGACUUAUGGAUGAAACGUGUAGGCAAUCACUUUCCAUCUUGUUCGCGAUACCCUUUAGUUUAUUUGCCUUUGGAGCUUUAUCGGGGUUCUUCUUACGGUUCCGUCUAACACUAACAUUCUCGAGUCAUGGCGUCACACAUGGGCGACGGUGCCAAAGAAGAAUUCCUCAGAGAUUUUGGUGAACAUUACGGCUAUCCUAAGGGCCCCAAGUCCAUUGAUCAAAUUCGAGCUACUGAGUUCAAGAGAUUACAAUUUCAAGAUCUUGUCUACUUGGACCAUGCUGGGGCAACUCUAUACUCUGACCUGCAAAUGGAAUCAGUUUUCAACGAUCUCACCAGUAACGUAUAUGGAAAUCCUCAUAGCCAAAGUGACUCCAGUUCUUCAACUCUUGACAUUGUGAAGAAUGCCCGCCUGCAGGUCCUUGACUACUGCAACGCAUCACCUAAAGAAUACAAAUGUAUAUUUACCUCUGGGGCAACAGCAGCGCUGAAGCUGGUUGGAGAGGCUUUUCCGUGGAAUUGUAGCAGUAGUUUUAUGUAUACAAUGGAGAAUCAUAAUAGUGUUCUUGGGAUAAGAGAAUAUGCUCUUGGUUGUGGAGCAGCGGCUAUUGCAGUAGAUAUUGAAGAAGAUAUACAUCCUGGAAUUACAGGAGAAACACUUACUACAAAGAUGUCACUACACCAGAUUCAGAGGAGAAAUGUCGCUAGGUCAACGGAAGGAGAGUCAACAGGUGAUGUGUAUAAUUUGUUUGCCUUUCCCUCAGAGUGCAAUUUCUCUGGAUUAAGAUUUGGUCUAGACUUGGUGAACAUUAUCAAGGAAGACUCAAGCAAGAUUUUGGGAAUUUCUUCAGUUUGCAAAAAUGGGCAAUGGAUGGUCUUAAUUGAUGCUGCCAAGGGAAGUGCUACCAUGCCACCUGAUUUGUCUAAGUAUCCAGCUGAUUUUGUUGCUAUCUCAUUUUACAAGCUUUUUGGCUAUCCAACUGGUCUUGGAGCUCUCAUUGUUCGAAAUGAUGCUGCCACGCUACUGAAGAAGACUUAUUUUAGUGGAGGAACGGUUAGCGCAUCCAUUGCUGAUAUUGAUUUUGUUAAAAGAAGGGAAGGCAUUGAGGAACUGUUUGAGGAUGGAACUGUUUCAUUCUUGAGCAUAGUAUCUAUCCGCCAUGGCUUCAAAAUCCUGUCUUCUCUAACUGUAUCAGCAAUAUCAAGACAUGUAGCAUCUCUUGCCUUGUAUACAAGGAGAAUGCUUUUGGCCAUGAGGCAUGGGAAUGGAUCUAGUGUCUGCAUCCUCUACGGGCAUCAUAAUUCAAAGAAAUUGCAUCAUGAAAUGGGGUCGAUAAUUUCAUUCAACUUGAAACGGCCAGAUGGUUCUUGGUAUGGAUAUCGUGAAGUGGAAAAAUUGGCGUCACUUUCAACAAUUCAGCUAAGGACAGGAUGCUUCUGCAAUCCAGGUGCAUGUGCAAAAUACCUUGGCUUGUCUCAUUUGGAUCUCAUUUCAAAUACUGAGGCUGGCCACGUUUGUUGGGAUGAUCAUGAUAUAAUCAAUGGUAAACCUGUUGGUGCUGUAAGAGUAUCCUUUGGCUACAUGUCAACAUAUGAGGAUGCCAAGAAAUUUGUUGAUUUUGUUGCAAGUUCCUUUGUGUCACCUCAAAAUCACAUUAACCAUGGAAAUCAAAUGAAAGGCUUCUGUUUGGAGGUCAUGGGCUCAAAUUGUGGAAAUAACCUGUCUGCUUUUGGGGGUCUAGAGAAUGGUUUUGUGGAUACUGGUUAUUAUCUCAAAUCAAUUACAAUAUAUCCAAUAAAAUCAUGCGGAGGUUUCAGUGCAAGGAGUUGGCCUUUUAGCAGCAAUGGCCUCACCUAUGAUCGCCAGUGGAUUCUUAAAAGCCCAACUGGUGAAAUACUUACCCAAAAAAAGGUUCCUGAAAUGGGCUUUGUAAGCACCUUUAUAGACCUUAGUCAGGGAAUUUUGUUUGUAGAAUCUCCACGUUGCAAAGAAAGAUUGCAAAUUACACUUGAGUCAAAUGUUUAUGAGGAUGCUAUAGAGGAUAUUGAAUUAUAUGGUCAGAGAUACAAGGUAUAUAGUUAUGACAAUGAGACCAAUGCAUGGUUUACCGAAGCAAUUGGUAGAACUUGCUCUUUGUUAAAGUAUUCUAGUUUCAAUCAAGAUUUUACGUUAAAAAAAAUCAAAGGUGCAGCCACAUGUAGAGAUAUGAAGAACAAACUUAAUUUUGCCAAUGAAGCACAGUUCUUACUUGUCUCUGAAGAAAGUGUUUGUGAUCUAAACAGAAGAUUAAGCUCAGAUGUACAGAAGGGGAUAUCUGGAAGAGCAAUUGUGCAAGUUAGUGCAAGUAGGUUUCGUCCCAAUCUUGUGGUAUCUGGAGGUAGGCCUUAUGCUGAAGAUGGAUGGAGACACAUUAAGAUUGGAAAUAAGCAUUUCAGUUCGCUAGGGGGCUGUAAUCGAUGCCAGAUAAUCAACCUUGCACUAAAUUCGGGACAAGUGCAAAAGUCAAAUGAACCACUGGCAACGUUAGCAUCCUACAGGAGGGUAAAGGGAAAGAUUUUGUUUGGCAUAUUACUGAAACAUGCUACUAUUGAUGGAGAGCAGCAACAAGGUGGUGAUUCCUGGCUUCAUGUUGGGCAAGAUAUACAUCCGGAUUAAAACACAAAUACCUGCAAACUCAUCUCCUCAAACUGAAAACUUAUAGUUCAUGUUCUGUAUGGCGAUGGGUCAUGUAUUUCUCUUCUUUAUCUCGUGCAGUUCCUUAACAGGGAAUGUGAAAUAUGCUGUUAUGUGAGAAUGAACAUUGUCAAAAAACGCAUAUUCGUAAUAAGUUUUGCAAUGCUGUGUAUUGAAACUGAAAAAAAAAAAAUCAAUAAUAAAGAAUCCCAUGCUACAUGAA